AGCGUAUACAGCGCCAGUACUCCCUUGAGUACGAACACCUCGUUAGGCCUCCGCUCCCGGUCAAGUUUUUGUGUGGCUUUUUCUUCAAGAACCCAGUCUCUCUGUCAGGAAACAAAAAAUGGCUCUAUCGAGAGCAAGACCUUGCGGUGUAGCCAUCGCCUCCUACCUCGCGCACCAUUCCGCCGCAUCCCUCCGCCGCCAAAACCCCAUCAACCCAAAUCCAUCACCUCUCCUCUUACUCCGCCACUUCCGCUCCGGCCGCUCCCGCGAUGAUUUCUCUGCAUCCCGCUAUGAGCAGGCAGUGCCGCCGACAAACUGGGGCCUCCGCAUUGUCCCCGAGAAGAAGGCAUACGUGGUGGAACGCUUCGGGAAGUAUCUUAAAACCCUAUCCUCUGGGAUCCAUUUACUUGUUCCCUUCGUCGAUAGAAUCGCUUAUGUUCACUCCCUCAAGGAGGAGGCGAUUCCGAUCCCGGAUCAGUCUGCCAUCACCAAGGAUAAUGUUAGCAUACUCAUUGAUGGAGUUUUGUACGUGAAGAUUGUUGACCCGUUACUUGCUUCCUAUGGAGUGGAGAACCCGAUCUUUGCGGUGAUCCAGCUCGCCCAAACAACUAUGAGGAGUGAACUUGGGAAGAUUACUCUUGAUAAGACAUUUGAAGAGAGGGACGCUCUUAAUGAAAACAUUGUGAGGGCAAUUAAUGAGGCAGCUACUGAUUGGGGCUUGAAGUGCUUACGUUAUGAAAUAAGGGAUAUAUCUCCACCUGCUGGAGUGAAAGCGGCUAUGGAGAUGCAAGCUGAGGCAGAGCGAAGAAAGCGUGCUCAAGUACUGGAGUCUGAAGGAGAGAGACAAUCAAAUAUAAAUAUUGCUGAUGGGAGAAAAAGUUCUGUGAUCUUGGAGUCCGAAGCUGCUAUGAUGGAUCAGGUGAAUAGGGCUAAAGGUGAAGCUGAAGCUAUACUUGCUAAAUCUCGAGCAACUGCUGAAGGACUCAAGUUAUUGUCUGGGGCAAUUAAAGCAGAUGGAGGAUUUGAGGCUGCAAGCCUAAGAGUUGCCGAACAAUACAUCUCAGCAUUCUCCUCAAUAGCGAAGGAGGGAACAACCAUGCUGCUACCUACCGCAGCUGGCAAUCCUACUUCUAUGAUUGCUCAAGCUCUCUCCAUAUACAAAGGCCUUCAGGUUGGCAGCCCUAACGGUCGGAUUCCAUUUGUGCAAGAUGGAAGCGUUGGGGAAAGCAAGGACCAAGAUCUGGAAGGUACAGAAGCCACCCACACAACUCCUUGGACUUCAUCCAUCCCCAGAGCUUCAACUCCCACUGCAGAUACCAGUGAAAGGGGAUUUUCUCUUGCAAAACCUCUUAAAGAGGACCACUGGUCUUAAAACUUUUUUGGCUCCUUUGACUUUCGAACUCCAAAUACAGAAGUUGAAUUCCCCCAUAUUUCUUUUUUCCUAAAGUAAGAAGGGAUGAGAAUUAUAAAUUUUUUUCUCCAUGGUGAUAAGACUUGGAGAGUUUCUUUGUAGAAAAAUUAUCACAUAAAAUUGUUCGUCAGCAUUUCAAUUUCAA